AUGGAUCCAAUAGCAGUCAGACACAUCCAAAGCCCAUCUGGGAUAACAAAGAAUAAACAAGGUCGUCAACCAGGCAAAAUAGCAUGCACAGCAUGCCACGCCCGCAAAAAGCGAUGUGACAUCUCUCCGCCAUAUCACCAGUGCACACACUGUCGCAAAGAAGAUCAAUGCUGCAUCCCGCGAGAUUCAAUUGACAGACCUCCCCGGCGACGAAUGUCCAAUCGAAACCACAACAGCCAGAAAGCUAGUAAUAAUCACGAAAACCAAUUCCACGUCAAUGGCUUUCUGCCAAUGGGAAUCGAUCAUGAAAUUCCUCGCUGGAGUGCCGUGUAUUCGUCUUAUUCGGAGAUGCGCCGGCUACUGCCUUCUCUCACUUCCACUUCCACUUCCACUUCCCCGUCCCUUUCGUCCGAGAUGGAAGAUGAUAUUGCGCACAACCAAACUACACCAAAAGAGAGAAAGUGGAAUGCGUCUCCGUCAGGGAUGGGAUCUUCAAGACGUCUUCAGUGUGAUGUCUUAUAUAAGGAUUGCGCGGAGCCGACUUCUUCUAUAAAGGGGAUUAGUAUACCUGCUUCUCGGUCUCUAUCUCGGUCUCCAUCUCCGGCACAUGUGGCUGAUAGGGCUGGGUUGGAGAAGGCGUUAGCCUGCGAAGCUGAUAUUCAUGGGGAUCUCGCUUCAAUGAGGGAAGUGAGAUGUCCAAGUGACGGGGACUCUGGUUCUGCCUAUGAAGUUUUCAUGAAUGAUCUCGAUGCAUUGCUUAGAUUUUGA